GUUGAUCGAGCGAAAGGAAGGAAGGGAAGAGGCAGGCAGCGGCGGUUGGUGGCGCGAGACUUUCCGCGCGCCGUGCGUGACGCGGCGUUCUGAGGGAAAGGGAAGGUCGGAGGAGGAGGAGGAACGAGGUGAAGGCGGGCGAGAAGAAGUAGCAGCGGCGGCAGCGUGUGACGCGGGCUUGUUGCUGCGGCGGCGGCGGCGGCGGCGGCGGCAGCAGCGGGGAGCAGCGCGAAGGGACGCGAUGUGAAGCUUCCACACGGCCCGACAGGGCAGACGGCGGCGACGCCCGAGACGUGGCGAAAGAAGUUUCAAUAUGAAGCAAGGUGCAUGGAGAAAACGAGCCAGUGACAGAGAUGGCUGGGGUUCAUGGGGAGGAUAUAUGUCUGCCAAGGUCCAGAAACUGGAGGAUCAGUUCUGUUCAGAGGCGGCUAUGCAACAUCAAAAAGAUGAAACUUUAUCCAGUAUCUUCAGUGGAGUUGCCAUCUAUGUCAAUGGUUUUACAGAUCCUUCGGCUGAUGAACUGAGGCGACUAAUGAUGUUGCAUGGAGGGCAAUAUAAUGUAUACUAUUCUAGAUCCAAAACAACACACAUUAUUGCUACAAAUCUUCCAAAUGUCAAAAUAAAAGAACUCAAAGGGGAAAAAGUAGUUCGACCAGAAUGGAUAAUGGACAGCAUAAAGGCUGGACGGCUCCUUUCAUACAUUCCAUAUCAGCUUUACACGAAACAGUCGAGCACUCAGAAAGGGCUCUGGUAUAAUAUUAUAUGCAAACCUGAAGAUCCUGUCCCAGGUCCUAGCAAUAUCUCUGUGGAGCUCAACAGGGUAAAUUGUUUAGUAAAGAAGUGUGAACUAGAGAACGAAAUCAAAGCCAAUGGAAUCAGUGAAGUGAACCAGGAGGAUGAGACUGAAGAUACGGGAUUCUUGGAGCUGGAGCAAACCUUUUCUGGUAGCAAAGAAAAUGGGAUUCAUCAUAGAGACAAUUCUUCCAUUUUUAAUGGACACACUCAUAGUUCCAAUAGUGCCUUAAAGACACAGGAUAGCUUGGUGCACUCUGGCAACAGUGUUGCAAGCAGACUAUCUCCAGGUCCUAUGCUGGAAGAAGAAAGGAGAGAAAUCACUGACUUUAGAGACUGCUCUGUGCAGCUUAUGCAGCAAAGCAACAAAAAUACAGACCAUUUACGGAAUGUGCAUAGGACUAUGAGUAACUCAUCUUUUUCAUCUUUGCACAGUAAUAUUAAAAUAAAUGGUGCUCACCACUCUACUGUUCAGGGGCCUUCAAGCACAAAAAGCACUACUUCAGUACCUGCUCCUAGUAAGGCAGAGUCUUCAUUUCUGUCCAGAUCUUCUAACUGCAGUUUCAUUUCUGAUUUUUAUUCUCGUUCAAGAUUGCAUCAUAUAGCUACCUGGAAGUGUGAAUUUAUGGAGUUUGUCAACACACUGCAGAAACAAAACCAUGCUAUCUUCCCAGGAAGGGAAAAAUUAAAAAAACUGAAAGCAGGGCAAUCUACAAGUAAUAAACCUGACUCAGAUAAUGCAUCCAUCUUGAGCUCAAGCAGACACCAGAGCUGUAUAAUGCAUGUGGAUAUGGAUUGUUUCUUUGUAUCAGUGGGUAUUAGAGAUAGGCCAGACCUGAAAGGGAAACCAGUGGCUGUUACAAGUAACAGAGGAUCAGGAAAAGCAUUGUUUCGUCCUGGUGCAAACCCUCAGCUGGAACGGCAAUAUUACCAGAACAAGUUAUUGAAUGGCAAAGCAGCAGAAACUGGUGAACUAGACGCAACAGAAGAGGAGAAUCUAGAUUCUGCACAAUUGAAUGGAACUGACUGUAUUUUGUCAAUGGCGGAGAUUGCAUCUUGUAGUUACGAAGCCAGGCAAGCUGGUGUAAAGAAUGGAAUGUUCUUUGGACAAGCAAAACAGUUGUGUCCAAAUCUUCAAGCUGUCCCAUAUGACUUUCAGGCAUACAGAGAAGUUGCACAAACCAUGUAUGAAACCCUCGCAAGCUAUACUCAUAGCAUUGAAGCAGUCAGUUGUGAUGAAGCACUUGUAGAUGUCACUGAAAUACUUGCAGAGACUGGUUUAACAUCUGAAGAACUAGCAAAUGCUAUCCGUACUGAAAUAAAAAAUAAGUCCAAGUGUCCUGCUUCCAUUGGAAUAGGUUCAAACAUUUUACUGGCCAGAAUGGCAACUCGCAGAGCAAAGCCUGAUGGACAGUAUCAUUUAAAGCCAGAAGAAGUAGAUGAUUUUCUCAGAAGCCAGCUAAUUAUACAUCUUCCAGGAGUUGGUAGGACAAUGGAAUCUAAGUUGUUAUCCUUAGGAAUAAAAACGUGCGGAGAUUUACAGUGUCAACAGAUGUCAACACUUCAGAAAGAAUUUGGUCCCAAAACAGGACAAAUGCUGUAUAGAUUUUGCCGUGGUUUGGAUGAUAGGCCUGUUCAAAGAGAGAAAAAGAGAAAAUCUGUUUCAGCUGAGAUCAAUUAUGGUAUAAGAUUUACCCAGCCACAAGAAGCAGAAGCUUUUAUUUUGAGUCUUUCAGAAGAGAUCCAAUGUAGACUAGAAGCUGCUGGUAUGAAAGGCAAACGCUUAACCCUCAAAAUCAUGGUCAGAAAAGCUGGUGCUCCAGUGGAAUCUGCAAAAUUUGGAGGCCACGGAAUCUGUGACAAUAUUUGCAGAAGUGUGACUCUCAGCCAUGCAACAGAUAGUGCCGAAGUGAUUGGGAAAGAAGUGUUGAAUAUGUUUCACACAAUGAAACUGAAUAUAUCUGAUAUGAGAGGGGUUGGGAUUCAAGUACAUCAGUUAGUUCCGGUAAAUAAAACAACCUCAGCAUGUUCUUCUAGCCCAUUAUUACAGGCUGGAUUCUUGCCUGGUGGAUCUAAUUCCAUUAUUGAUCUUCUGCAAGUUCCAAAAGCAGUAAAGAAUUUAGAAGAAGAACGAAAGGAUGUAUUUGUGGCUGCAGUGGAUGUCGAAAUAUCUUCCACAUCAAAAGCUUGUACAGCAUUACAAUCUCAGAUGUCUAAUGUCACCAGCAAAUCUGAGCCUGCAGUCAAUUUGAAUGGUUUGCACCCACCUAUCAAUAUAAAAUCAAGACUUAAUUUAAGUAUUGAGGUACCAUCACCUUCGCAGUUGGAUCAGUCUGCUUUGGAGGCGCUCCCUUCUGAUCUUCGAGAACAGAUAGAACAAAUUUAUUCUCUUCAGCAAGCAGAGAUGUGCAGUAGUAGCAAGAAAGAGACACUAAAUGGAUACAACACUAGCUUUCCAUCACAGCCAGUCGGAACUGUUCUUCUACAAAUACCAGAUCUCAAAGAAUCAAGCAAUGACACAGGAGUUAAUGUAAUAGCAUUGCCAGCAUUUUCACAGGUGGACCCUGAAGUUUUUGCUGCACUGCCUUCAGAGAUGCAGGAAGAGCUUAGACAGGCAUAUGAUCAACGACAGAAGCAUAUGGAGGCUAUUUUUCAGCAAACGAGUACCACUGUUUCAAAGAAUCCUUUGCUGAACUUGAGACCAAUUUCAAAAAUGAAGAAGAAAAGUAAAAAAAAACCCCAAGUCAGUCCUGUAAAAAAGAACCAUGCUUCUUUGAACAACAAAGUCUUUGGAAGUCCUGCAAAAAAUACGGUUAUUUCUGUUGGAAGCCCACAGAAACUAUUGGAUGACUUCUUGAAACAGGAAGGAGGAACCAUUGACAACUCUCAGGUGGAAUUAGUGCAAAUGGCUGCACAUACUUCUAGCCCAUCCAUUUCACAGCCAUUAUUGCCUGCCACUGCAAGGCCUCGAGCACCUAAUCUAGCUGGAGCUGUUGAGUUCAAUGAUGUAAAGGCCUUACUCAAAGAAUGGAUUACAACCAUAUCAGAUCCCAUGGAAGAAGAUAUCCUUCAAGUUGUGAAGUACUGUACUGAUCUGAUAGAAGAAAAGGAUUUAGAAAAGUUGGAUCUGGUCAUAAAAUAUAUGAAAAGGCUAAUGCAGCAGUCUGUAGAAUCAGUUUGGAACAUGGCUUUUGACUUCAUUCUUGACAAUGUUCAAGUGGUUUUGCAACAAACUUAUGGAAGCACAUUAAAAGUUAUCUGAACUGAUCUUGUAGAAAAGGGUGUGGUGAGGGCCUGGAGCUCUCUGGUAGCUGUGCCAUAAGUGCUUGUGAGGUAUUUGCAAAGUGCAUGAUAGUAAAACUAAGUUUUUAUAAGUUGGAAUUUUUUUUAAAGGAGAAAGUGUUUUGUAUAUUUCCUUUCAAGAAAGUGCCAAAAUUUGUCAGUAUUGCAUGUAAAUAAUUGUGUUCAAAUUCUUUUAUUGUAGCAUAGAAUCUAUUUGCAAAAUGUUUGUUUAUAAAGGUUUUCUGGAUUUUUACAGUGAAGUGUUUACAGUUGUUUAAUAAAGAACUGUAUGUAAUUUGUAAAAA